AUGCAGAAGCUGAACAUUUACCUCAACGAUGAUGUCCAGUCGUCAACUGACAGUCUUUCACACUCAAACUAUGUCCCAACCCCGCCUCAAGCAGCAUCACCGCAGCAAACGUCAACCUCGUCGCCAAAGAAGAAGAAAUCUAGUCAACACUUGAAGCAUCAUCGAAUCAACAACUUCUACUCUUCUUCUCAGGUCAACCCUAACUACUCAUCGACGAAUUUGUCCAAGAUACAGCAUCAUGGCCAUCAUGGUUCUCCGACGUUUUAUUCCAAUUUUAAUGAAUCAGCCACUUCGAUUGGCUCUAGUCCGUACCAGUUGGGUACCCCACCAUUAUUAGGAUCACACAACUCGUCCUACACAUCAAUCAAGAGCAUGUUGCCGAUGACACCACCAGCCUCGGAGGCAACCUCGCCAGAACCUAAGUAUUUUGAUAUAAAACAGCGACUGGCUGAUGGUAAAACCAGUCUGGUUACCGUGUUGAAAAAAGUUCAGUUAUUAAUACCACCAGUCAACUACACCAUCUGCUCCUUGUGUUUCAUCUGGUACUUUUUCUCCAUCAUUUCUUCCAACUCAAUCAAGUUGAUCUUAACCAAAUACAAAUAUCCAGUCACCGUAACCCAAUUGCAAUUUCUCAUGAAUGCCGGCUUGAGUUUGGUCUUGUUGUUUAUUUCAAAUCAUUACACCAACGAGAGAAUCAUUCCGUCUAGUAUACUCCCACCAAGUAAAUCAAUAAGACAAUUUGUCACACCAACAAGGUUUAUUCUUUCCACGACUGUGCCUAUGGGAUGUUUUCAAUUCAUUGGUCAUUUAACCAGUCACAAGGCAACUUCUGAUAUACCCGUUUCCCUUGUACACACUAUUAAAGCGUUAAGUCCAUUGGUGACUGUAUUGGUGUACCGUUUUGUUUUUAACAAGCGUUACAGGUUGAGGACUUAUUUAACGUUGGUUCCACUCAGUUUGGGGAUUAUGAUGACAUGUUACAAACUGAAAAAGAAACCCGUUGCCAAUACUGUGGGUCAGGUUGUAGCCCCAGUAAACAACAGCUACCUGAGUGGGCUCAUUUUUGCAUUCAUUUCAAUGUUGAUCUUUGUUAGUCAAAACAUGUUUGCUAAAAGCAGAUUAACGCCGAAUACUGUAACGCCACAAGAAUCGAAAUCGAUCCCAAUUUCUAAAAAUGGGCCAAAGAAGUUGGAUAAUUUGACAAUCAUUUUUUAUUGCUCAAUAGUGGGAUUCCUAUUCACGUGUCCGAUCUAUAUCACAUCUGAGUUUUUCAACAACACUUUUUCGUUAGCGCAAUUGGAUAUGACGAUAUUGCUGUUGGUGAUUAUAAACGGAUUAGGUCAUUUCAUUCAGUCCAUCAUAGCAUUUCAAGUUUUAGGACUUUUAUCACCGAUUGACUAUUCAAUUGCAAACAUACUAAAGAGAAUAUUUAUAAUAUUGAUGUCGUUCCUUUGGGAAGCAAAGAACUUCACCCCAUUGCAAACGGCAGGGUUAUUUACUACGUUGGUUGGAUUGUAUAGUUAUGAUAGGUGGGGAACCCAGCGCAAUUAA